CGUAUUAGAAAUAUCUGCCCAGUCUCUCUCAGUUCCUUAUAUCUUACUUUGUACAGCAAUACUCUCUGCUUCGGGUUAUCCUGGACAGUGUUGGAAACAAUGGACGCGUUGAUGAGCACUCAGCAGUGCAAGCACUGUGAGAAGAUCUUUUUCAAUCGGUGAGUAGGCUGCGCCGGUUGUCAUGAUUGGGUUUAAUACGUCCACCAAGCUCGCUCUGGCAGGAGCACUAUGACUUGCAUACGGGCAUCCAACUCCAAUUGGGCCGUUCAGCUCGGUAUCAGCCAGUGGACGAGUCUAAGGCGCCGGUAGGCACGACAGACCAGCUCGACGCCUUGGUCGCCCGCCUGCAGCUCCAAAGCGAUGAUAUCGACAGGAAAGCCCGCCCGGCGUUAAGGAAGGACGAAGGAAAGGAAUCGAAUCUACUUCCCAGUCCGGCGCAAAUGGAACAGUACUUGCAAAAGGCGAUUGCGGACUUCCCCCCGUAUGAAGGUGGAGGAAUCGACAAUGUCGUUUCAGAGCCUACAAUCAAAUGUCCGGACUGCGACUUCUGCUUCUAUGCACAAGAACAGCGCGACGAGCAUCACCUUUCAAGAUACUGCCGGGGGAACCAGAUCGAAGUCUAUAUCAUGACGAUCGACAGCUCAGCUAUUGGAGGGUAUCGGGUAUACAAGGAAAGUGUUCCGUUUGAGAGCACAUCGGCACAUUUCAAAUGCAGCAGGUGUAGUAGUAUCUUUGCCACGGAUGCCGAAAGAAAACAGCAUGAAUCCAUCCAUCCGAUCGAGCAAGCCAAAUGUGUCCACUGUGAAAAGAUACUUCCAAGCCAGUACGAGCUGGAGCUGCAUUAUUUGUGGCAUGACGACAUACACCUCAGACAGCACAUUGAUCGCAGGGUUGAACAAAUGAAGGAACAACGAGGUGGAUCUCAAUCGUGGAAUAACACAGGGACAGAUACCAGUGACCCAGUGACGGGCCCACCCCUUCAUGUCCGAAGCCCCUGGAAUAGAAAAGGUGGCUUCCCGCAAUACGAUGGGGACGUGGUCGCGAUCAGCUUUCUUAGCCAAGAAGAUCUCGAGAUACGAUAUGCGCCAGAUGGCGUGUUGAAAGACUUAUCCAAGGAGACCACCCAUCUCUGUUUGCCAAGCGCCGUCAGCAACAAGAUUGACGAGUCCACAACACAGAAAAAGCGCUCGUACAGGAAGUCAUUGAAGGCCAUGUUCAGCGGACGAAGCAAAGACGCGUCCCGGUCUCCCUCCCGUCAGUCAGAACGUCCAUCACUCGGGAGCAGCUCAAAUGUAGGCUCUCGAGGCCUUGGUAAUAACGAUGUAGAAGAGCAUAUGGAGUGGCAGCUCUUUUAUCGCCAUAUCCGUUCUGACUGGGUCCUGACACACCAUCGAAGUCAACACGUUGAAUUACAUGCUGGGGAAGACCUCGGGACCUAUAAAACUAGUCAAUCUCGAACCCUGACCCUUCCCAGCAGGUUGGCCCCAGAAGAGCUCCAAUCGCGGUUUGAAGGUCUCCUGGGCGAGAUAGCAGACUAUGCAAACCACAACCAUGUGGACAAUAUAGCCGGAUUGGAGAGCGUUAUCAGUGAAAUCAACGCCGCCGGGGGUCCGAGUAGGACUCACAUCGAGAGGCUCCAGGACUGGCUGGGUAAUGAGGAAAAGCGAAUUGCAGCCACGAACAGCGAGAUCAACACUUUGUCUGGUCUUCCGGUUCUCGGCCAUGGAUCUCCUUCACGGAUCCUUGUGCGAGACCGUGUCGGGAGAGCAAGACUGAUGACCGGGCAGGAUUUAAGCAGGGUUAUUUGCCAUGCAAUCGGUCCCCCGCGCGGAUCUCUCGAUGUAGUCCGAAUGGCGCUUGGAGGGCGUGGAGAGGCGGCCCUGGCCCGGGGACGCAUACAGGAUGCCGAACGGGCAUAUUCAGACAUGUUUCGGGCCAUGCAAAGACAUUAUGGCGACGAACAACUGCAAUUCAUACUGCUCGCGCAUCUUGCCGGAAACGUGUACAAGAAACAUGGCAACAUGUCGGAUGCCGCAGGAAUGUAUAUGCAAGGUCUCCGUUGCAGCCAGAGAUUGUACGGCCUGAGAAGCGUGAAUAAUUUUACCAUGAUGACCAACAUAGCCAUCUACUAUGAGGAUAUCGGCCGUCUGGAUGAUGCGACAGCCCUAUAUCGUCGCUCGGUAAGAGGGCGGAUCAAUGCCGGUGAGAAGGAGGACGCCCUCAUGAACAUACAGGAACUUUCGACCGUGUACCGGAAGAUGGGGAAGGAUCAGGAAGCCCUGCAGUUCGUUGAACAGGCGUAUACUGGGUAUACUCAGGUAGUAGGCCCGGAUCAUCGAAUGACGCUCUUGACGCUGAACAACUUGGCCGCGUAUCUUUUCACAGCAGGCUCAAUUGAACGCGCGCAGUCACUGCUCGGUCCAGCCCUCCCUGCUAUUACACGAGUUCUCGGACUGGACGACCCGGUCGCUUGGGGAUCAGUGUGCAAUUUCGUCAUGUACUAUCACGGCGCCAGCUUCCCUCCUACCGUCACGCAGGUCAUUGACCAAUAUAUGGCGCAGAACACCCCGGCAUCUCUGAAAGUCCUCAACGGAAUUGGUGAUCAUUACGGAAAGAAUAACCUGAUCCGAAAAGCUAUGGAAACAUACCGUGCUCUCCACGAGAAGAGAAUGUCCCUUUUGGGACCCUCCCACCCGGAAACGUGGAGCUCACUGUAUGCCUAUGCGUAUACUUUGGAUCGGCUCGGCGAGACAAGUGAAGCAUUGAAGCAAUAUCGCGUGCUUGCCUUGCAGCCACAGCCUCGAUCCCUACUACCCGAGUCGCAGGUUCAGGCAUGUCAGGCUGCCGUGCAGGACUUGAGCCGAAAGCAGGCUGCUAUAGAUAAAGAAAAAGCGGAAUGGGGAUUGACUACAGCGCGGAAGUGCUCCUUGCAGGCCUGCAGUAACUCCACGCUGAGGUUUUGUUCAGACUGCCGCCUGGUGCGGUUCUGCUCAGCAGCGUGUCAAAAACAAGACAAAUCCCACCACGGGGCCUGCAUUCCUUCGGUGACGCUCACCGAGUCCACAUUUACCAUCGUCGAGAACAUACAGGACAAACCCUCCGUCGUCAAAGACGGUGACUUCCUAUUCACUCAGUUGCAACUAUCUCGUCGGCCUAGAUGUGAGUCUGCGAGAGACGUCUUCAUCGAUCCCAGCAACUUCACCACCAUUCGGAUAUCAAAACGACCUUCCCACAUUCUCAGCUUCCAGGCGAACCCGGGUCUGGACCUCCGAUUCACGAUUCAUCGCUCGUCACCUUUCACAUGGCUGACGCCUAAAGAGUCCAAUAUGCUUUGCAUGUUGAAUGACGUUGAGGACUCCUUCAUCGUUGUUGCGCCGGGGGAGUCUAUGAUGAAGGGCCUGGUCGCGGCGCGGGACAAAGUCUUUGGGACCGACUCUGGAAACGUGGAUAUUCCAGAUCGAAAUCUCGUCGAGUUUGCCCAGACCGGAGAGGGAAGUGAUAGACGGUUUGUUCUCGGGUUUAUCGUGACAGAAUGGUCUCUAUAACCAUACUUUGUGGCAGGGUUCAGGCUUCUUGAGUACUUCGGCAGACCGUACCUAGACAUCCACGACGAAUUAACAGGCGCUGAAAGACUGAAGGAAGGGAGCAUGCCCAGGCAAAUUCUAUGUAGAGGACAAUUUUAAUAUAUAGUAUCUAUAACUGCGGACCUUAUAUGGCUCUCAGACCUUCGAUGGCCAUGCACGCGCCAAAGCCUCGCAUUUGACGAUUCGCCGAGCUCGCCACUAUAGAUGCUGUAACUCCACCGACCGGCAAUAUUUUCGCUGUCAAUGCCAUAUUUCCGCAUGCAUGAAUCAGUCGCAU